AUGCGCCUCAUCUUAAUUUUUCGGGACUUUUCACUUGUCUUUGUUUUAGUAACGGUCAUUCUGUUUUACUUCUGGCCGGUCUAUCAAACCAUUGAGGACCGUUCCCUUCUCACUCGCAAAGUGAUUUCCAAAUUUUCGAAUACACGAUACGACGUCAACAACUUUAAUUACACUGGCGACUGCGGUAAAGUGUUUCGUUAUUUGUCGAACAACAAUCGCGACGUGAUUUUGGGCUCUUUGGAAUACAAAACACUUUGUCAAGGUCGAGUCUUUUGGACGGCAAUUAAAAUGGCCCGCCAAGCUGUUCCAAAGGCGCGAUUUGUCAUAUUAAUUCAGAAAGGGUAUCCGUCGUACUGUGAAGGAGAUAUGAACAUCAUGCGAGAGUUAGGAGUGGAACUUGUAUUCUUCGACAAGAAGUUUCAAGGCGAUAUGAGUUCAUUGAGGUUUUUCCAUUACCUCGACUAUCUCAAACAACACAUCAACAACAUCGACAGAGUGGUUUUAAUGGAUGUCAGAGAUGUCUUCUUCUUCGGCGACUUCUUCAUGACGUUUUCUACAAACGAAAUGAGUUUUGUCAGGGAAUGCAGGAGUGACACUGACCCGUCACUCUGUUACGGGCCGGCGACGUUCAGCACGCAUGGAGUGUGGCUUGAAAAAUUCUUUGGGGGUGAAGUAAGAAAGCAGUUUGAAGAGCAAAAACUACCUGCAGUGAAUGGCGGAUUUAUGUUUGGUGGAGUCGAGAAAGUUAUACAGAUGCUUGAAAUUUUCGAGUCGUUUGUUGAUAAGAGGAAAAUGAAAUGGGGAUAUGACCAAGCACUUUUUAACGUGUUAUACUAUAAUGGAACAUUUAAUUCAAUUGGUGCAGAGGCUAGCGACUGUACACAAAGAUUCUGUUAUUUGGGAGACUCGUUCAGAACAGUUCAAAAAACAAUUCUAAUGGGUAAAAGUGACUGUUCACCUGUAGCCACACACAAAUUGAGACUGAAUGACAUCGGGUGGGAAAUGACAUAA